AUGUAUCAGAUCUGGAAUGUGACCGUCUCAUUCGUCUCUCGCCUGUCGAUGCUGGAUCAGUUCAUAACGGAUCAAUUCAUGACGUUUGCACCAAAAAUCACCAUUGCAUGGGCUCCAAGCUUUUUGUGGCGUUUUAGCCGGAUUUUAGGGCUGGUGCCGGUCAAGCCUACGCGCCACCUGACAGGCUCAGGAGAUAUAAAGCUCCUCGAGCUUGAACUCAUAGCCAAAUGGAACAAUCAAAGUACGACCAAUGGAGCUGACACAUGCAUCCACACCUUGAUCGAGCAACAAUGUGCGAAGCAACCAACAGUGGAGGCAGUUUUCACCCAACAUGGCUCCCUAACCUAUGCUGAGCUGAACCAACUAUCAAACGAGCUUGCAGGCAAACUCCGGGCCCUGGGGGUUCAGCCAGAAACUAUCGUCCCAAUAUGUUUUGAGAAAUCCUCAUGGGCAAUCGUCGCUAUUCUGGCGGUGCUAAAAGCUGGCGGGGCAUUUGUGCUUUUAGACCCAUCCCACCCCAAAUCACGCCUGUCCGACAUCUGCUCAGACGUCCAAGCCUCACUAAUCGUGACAUCGUCUUUGAACCACAGCAUAAGCAGCCAAGCAUGCCCACAUGCGCAAAUCAUGGUCAUCCCUGAAGACAAAAUGAGCAAGGAAGUGACCAGUCCGUCAUUACCACACUAUAUGGCUUCCCUCGUGCCCGACCCGCCAAGCCCCGACAACGCUGCCUACAUAGCUUACACCUCCGGCUCGACAGGAAGACCUAAAGGAAUCAUCGUGGAGCAUAGAUCCUUUGUGUCAAGCGCCAUAGCUCAUCGUGAUGUUCAGAACCUAAACUCUUCCAGCCGCGUCCUUCAAUUUGCUUCGUUUGGGUUUGACAUAAGCAUUCAGGAGAUGUUGACACCUCUCAUCGUGGGUGGAACUGUAUGCAUCCCAUCUGACACACAACGUCUGGAUAAUCUUGCAACUGUCAUUCGGCAGCUGAAGGCCAACUGGCUAGAACUUACUCCUUCAGUGGCCAGGCUGCUCUCUCCGAAGACGGUACCGGAUGUCAAGACCCUGAUUCUCGGCGGAGAAUCUAUGCAUGCGGAUGAUGUACUGAGAUGGAAUGGCCAUCUUCAUCUCCUUGUUGCGUACGGACCAGCCGAGUGCAGUGUUGUCAGCACAGUACAGCCUCAUGUUGAUGUAUCUGACUUGUACAAUAUUGGGCGAUCUCAUGGAGGACACUGUUGGGUCGUGAAUCCUAACAACCACGAUCAGUUGCAACCUCUUGGGUCGGUAGGAGAGCUUCUCAUCAGUGGCCCCAUUGUUGCACGAGGUUAUAGAAAUCGGCCGGAGCAGCAAUCGUUCAUAAAGAGCCCACGAUGGGCCGCUUGGUUUGGCGUUUCUCCAAGGACUCGGUUCUACAAGACGGGCGACCUAGUCAAGUACAAAAUCGAGAAUGGUACUCUUCGCUUCAUCGGCCGCAAAGACCUCCAGGUGAAGGUACAUGGUCAGCGCAUCGAAUUGCAGGAAAUUGAGCAUUGCGCGCAAAUUUGUAGUCCCGGUACCAUAUUUGUCGCCGAUGUCAUCCGCACGAACAAUAAACAGCUACUCACACUGUUUGUCCAAACAGGAGACAAUCAGUCAAAAGUCUCCAUGUCAGAUUUACAAGCCUGGCUUUCAGACAGGUUGGCUCCUUUCAUGGUUCCCACGAUAUACCUUCCAUGGAAGCAGUUCCCUCUCACUGCAACAGGAAAGCUGGACAGAAGAGCCUUGCUAGAGCAAGCAUCUAUCGAAAUAGCCAAGCCCUCAAUCCCAACUCAAGAUAGCUCUCUGGAAGGUGAAUCUAACACGGAGCUGGUGGCUAUGCUGUGCGACCUGUUCUUGGAAGUUUUGACUUUGCCCAACGAUCAAGCAGUCACCCAUAGUCGGUUUUAUGCCCUUGGUGGAAAUUCUCUGCUCGCUAUCGAGCUUGUGGCCAAAGCACGGGAACGGGGUAUACAUUUCUCUGUCGUGGAAAUCUUGCUACACCAGACGCCAGCACGCUUGGCUCUAGUUUCUGGAAAGUACGAAGCUGAAAACGCUAUUCCAACAUUCAAAUUGGUAGACGACCUGCCCACUGCUAUGGAAGAUGCGGCUUCUCAAUGCCAAGUGCCCAUGACCUUCAUCGAGGAUAUGUACCCGUGUACCCCAUUGCAAGAAGGCUUGGUCUCAAUGUCUAGCAAGCAAUCAGGUCCUCCCGUCGGGAACUAUUCCUUUCGCUUGCCUAAGAUGGUCGAUUUAUGCCGGCUGGAAGCCGCCUGGAGGAAGGUUGUGAUGGCUAAUCCCAUCUACCGAACUCGCAUCAUACAGCUUGGAACUGGGCGCUUGCUUCAGGUUGUCCUCAAGGAGCCGCAUGAUGGGAAAUGUGAUUCUAUGUCUCUCUCUGCUGAGAUACUCGGUAACCAGCUGUGCUCAUUCAGCGUGAUUGAGCACGACGACCAGGCCGACUGCCCAUUAUUUGUGGCAAGACUUCAUCAUGCUUUGUUUGAUGGUUGGUCUUAUUCACUGCUCCUCAAGGACAUUGCCGCUGAAUACAAUUCUGCCCCUGAAGCUCCCCGUACCUUUUUCAAUCAAUUCGCCGCAUACACAUCGCAGCUCAAUGCUGGAUCGUGCAAGGAGUUCUGGUCCAUCGAGUUUCAGGACCUUCAGGCUUCUAUCUUUCCCACUCGUCCGCCCGCAUGGAUGGGCCCAAGUCUGCUUUCAUCAAAGAUCCGUCGAAUGGCUCUUUCGAAUACGAAUGCUGAUGCAGAUGGAAGUACCCUGGCCAACAAGAUCCGUCUGGCCUGGGCAGUCGUCAUGUCAUCACAAACCAACUCCAAUGAUGUUGUUUUUGGAACAACUGUUUCGGGGCGAACUGCCCCGGUCGAUGGGAUAGAGAGAAUGGCCGGGCCUACUAUUGCAUCCUAUCCUUUACGUAUCCGUUUGCAACCUCACAUGUCCAUCCAAGAGAUGUUAAGUGAAAUGCAGGCUCAUGAGUCUCGAAUUAUUCCUUUCGAACAUACUGGUCUUCAGCAUAUUUGCCGCGCUAGUUCGGAGGCAGCCAUGGCCUGUGACUUUCAAACAAUGCUCGUUAUACAGCCGAGAUCCUUUUUGGCCGACGGGGACUUGUUUGAGGACUCUCCGCAAAAUCAGGAGCAGCAACGAAAGUUCAAUUCUCACUUUCUCACGCUCGUGCCCCAGUUGGAAAGAGACACGGUUGACAUUGAAGCUGUCUAUGAUGGGUCGGUACUGACUUCAUGGGAUGUUGAAAGUCUGUUAAAUCAGUUUGAAUCUAUCCUGGGCCAGAUAGUAUGCGAACCACGUACCAGAAUUGAUUGUAUGCGGUUGCACAGUGAAUCAGACUCCCGACAGUUGCUGAUAUGGAAUGAGAGACCUCCAACAGAGAAGACCGCUUUGUGUCCAAUCCAUGAAAUAAUUGCUGAUGUGGCACGCCAGCAACCAGGUGUCGAGGCCGUCUGUGCUUGGGACGGCCAGUUGACCUAUUGCGAGCUUUAUGAGCUAUCGCUCUCGCUGGCAAAUCAUCUCCAAACCAUGCAGAGUGCCAGCACUGGGAGUGUAGUUGGCUUACUUAUGGAGAAAACAAAAUGGUUCCCCGUCGCCGUACUGGGAAUCAUGAUAUCGGGUGCGGCAUUUGUCCUUUUGGAUCCAGCAUUCCCGACUCAGCGAUUGCAGUAUAUACUGCAGACCAGCAACGCUAGCAUCGUCAUAUGCUCCUCAAAGACACAUGCCCGAUGCGUCGAAAUUGCUGAGCAUGCUGUACUGCUGAAGCAGGACGCACUCUCCAUUCAAAAACAGCGCAACUUCUGGCAUCAACCCUUGGUUGCUGCUAACGACGUCAUGUAUGUAGCCUUCACUUCGGGCUCGACAGGAACACCAAAAGGCGCAAUCAUCGAGCAUGGUAUGGCCCAUUCGAUGCUUAAAGCCUACCAGUCAUUGUGGUCGAUGAAAUCAACAACCCGGUCCCUGUGGUUCUCGUCUCCAGCUUUUGAUGCCACCAUUCUCGAGGUUCCUCUGAUGUUAGCAGCAGGAGGGUGUCUCUGUAUUCCUUCGGACGAACAGCGGGUUAAUGACCUCGAAGGGGUUAUGGCAGCUAUGAGAGUGAAUUGGACCGUGUUGACUCCAUCUGUGGCCCGAAAUCUCUCGCCAUUGGAGCUUCCGGCCCUUCGUACUCUGAUUCUCGCCGGCGAGUCAUCUUUACCAUCGGAUCUACAGAUGUGGUUUCCACAUGUCAAACUGCAUGUGUCAUAUGGUCCGGCUGAAUGCUCUAUCGCUGCAACAAAUCGUCGUGUGAGGUCCCUGGACGUGGAAGCAACCAAUAUCGGCCAAGCUCCCGUGGCAAGCUGUUGGAUUGUCAACCCUGAGAACCACAACCAGCUUCAGCCACUCGGAGCAGUCGGAGAGCUAGUUAUUGGAGGACCCACCGUGGGAAGAGGAUAUCUGAACCGACCAAAAGAAAAUGCUGCUGCCUUUGUGCAGAGCCCGUCCUGGUUAACAGAUUUCCCUUCCCUUCGCAGCAUCAAGUUGUAUAAGUCUGGGGACUUGGCACGCUUCAACCAGGAUGGAAGUCUUUCUUACAUCGGCAGAAAAGAUACCCAGGUCAAGAUCAAUGGACAACGCAUUGAAUUGCAAGAGAUUGAGCAGUGUGCAAAACUGUCCCUAACCGAGAUUGAAGCCGUCGCAGAAGUUGUUCCUCUUCAGCACAACCUGGGAUCCAAGCUUGUUUUGUUCAUUUGUUUGUUAGCUGGAGACAUCAAACUGUCGCUCGCUGAGAAACAGGUUGGCAUCUUUAUGCCUCCGACCAACGAAAUCAUGGUCCAAAUUGAGCACCUGCAAAAGCACCUACGGCAGUCCUUGGCGCCCUUCAUGGUUCCCUGGCUUGUGGUUCCUCUCCGGUAUAUUCCAAUUAGCCCGACUGGGAAGACAGACCGGAAGCUCCUCAAGGAGCAAGCCCAUAAACUAGAAAGGAAGGAACUAGAUGUAUAUCUUGGAUCUGGCGCUCCAAAGCGUCGGGCUACCACAAAAACUGAGAUUCAAAUGCAGCAAAUUUUCUCCCAGGUCCUCAGUCUGCCAGAGGAUGCCAUCGGCAUUGAUGAUAAUUUCUUUGCCAUGGGCGGUGACUCGAUCUCUGCGAUGCAAAUAUUGACACUGGCGCGAAAGGCGAACCUCAUCUUGACUAUGCCGGAGUUCCUUGUUCAGAAUACCAUCGCGCUCUUUUGUGAGAAUGCCCAGUGUCACGAAGAGGAUACUUCUUUAAAUGACCCGGAGGUCAUUGACGAUGGCGUCCCAUUCAAACUGAGUCCAAUCCAAUCCAUGGUGUUUUCUUCUGUCGCUCUUACGGAAAAACGAUUCAACCAGAGCUUUUUGGUGCGUGUCAAAAAGACAGUCGACCAAACUGAAUGGAACCGAGUGCUGCAUGAGAUUGUUCGGCAUCACGGAAUGCUCCGGGCCCGGCUAAUUAUUGAAAGCAACGGUGAAUUACGAAUGAAAUAUGAGUCUGAUAUCGAAGGAUCUCUCAGGAUUUCAAGGCAUCAUUUGACACGAAUCGAAGAAGUGUCUGACAUUGCGGAACAUUCUCAGGCAAGCCUGAACCUGCAAAAGGGUCCUAUAUUCUCUUUCGACCUCAUCCACGUUCCAGGAGAAGAUGUUCAUGCACUUUUCAUGGCUCAUCACAUGGUGGUGGAUUUGGUAUCUUGGCGAAUUAUUCUUGCCAACGUUGAAGAGCUUCUUCAAGGUCGAGAUCUGCCCAUACAGGGGCAAGUCUCAUUCGCAAGAUGGGCUCAGUUGCAAACGACUGAAAGCCAGAUGUACACAGCUUCAGCUGAGGUGCUUCCCUUUGAAGUGCGCCCUGCCGACUACGCCUAUUGGCAACUGUUACCUGAGCAGAACAAAUUUGGAGAUUGUCAGUUUCAGGAAUUCACGAUAGAUGAGGCCACCACUUCGCAGUUACUUGGCCAGGCAAAUGUGGCAUGGGACUCUCAGCCACAGGAUAUCUUCCAGGCAGCUUUGCUGGAUUCUUGGAGAAAAGUGUUCACCGACCACAAGAUGCCAACAAUCUUCACCGAGGGCCAUGGUAGAGAGGCUGGUAAGCAUGGCAUCGACCCCUCCCAAACGGUGGGUUGGUUUACGACCCUGCGGCCUUGCACAAUUGGCGAUGAAUCGGACUCCCUUGGUCUGCGAGAUAUGGUUCGUUCUGUGAAAGACACUUGUCGCAGCCUUCCAGGAAAUGGGCUGCCCUAUUUCAACUCCCGAUUCCUGAAUCCUGGUCUUCGAUCCGAGUUUGCUGAUCAUGGACCAAUGGAGAUCUUGUUGAACUAUAGUGGACGCUAUCAACAGCUGGAACGGUCAGACGCAGCUUUCUCGCAGGCUUCCUGGCAGCUCGACGAGAAGAUGGACGUUGGUGCAGAUAUGCCUCGGCUGGCUCUGUUCGAUGUUGUCAUAGAUGUCCGCGAUGGAUGCCUACAUGUGUCGGUCUGGUAUAGCCGAUUCACUCAUCGCAAAUCUGCAAUUUCUAGCUGGAUCAAACAGUACCAGCAAUCUUUAUAUGAUUCUGCGAUGGUGUUGAGUGAAAUCGAUAGCCGCCUGACCCUUAGUGACGUCCCGCUUGUGUCCUUCAGUUACAAUGAACUGGACACAAUACAAGAGAAACUUCGAUCAGAUCUGUCUUUGUCAUCAAAUACAUUGGUUGAGAACAUACAUCCCUGCUCUGAUGCUCAUUGUGGUCUCAUUGCCGGGAUUACUGGAACUGCGGCUCACCAUCGUGUUCGAGCUAUAUUUGAAAUUACAGCACCAGGACGUUUGAUUGAGGCCGCGCAAAUUGCAGAAGCCUGGCAGGAACUGACUCGACGCCAUGCGACCCUGCGAAGCGUUCUCCUGGAUUACCCUGGCAAGGCGGACAAGUUUCUCAAUAUUGUCCUCAAGUCACCUCCAAUCGAUAUCACUACCCUGCCUCCCCUAGCUCCUUGUUAUUCUUCCAAUUCCUCGCCAAGUGCUUUGCAACAGCUUAGAAAAGUUGCACCUACUCUUUCCUGGGACACAUCUCCCGCCCAGCAGCUUGCUAUCUGCCAAGCUUCCAAGGAUGGAACACUCUUCAAGCUUGAGUUUGGCAAAGCUUUCAUUGAUGCAACCUCCAUGGCUAUCUUGGUGGAAGAGCUUGCCUCUAUGAUAGCCGGACAUCCCUUGUCCCCUAAGAAGGCUCCUUCCUAUAGCUCGUACAUCUCUUCCUUGCAAACUCAGGACAAUUCGGAGACCAUGCAAUACUGGACUAAAACACUUUCUAUCCAUCCGCCAUGUCUGUUCCCGUGCAUUCAGAAGGAUACCCCUCAUCCAAGUCAUUUGCUCAGCAAGAAGGCCAUCGUCCAGAACAAAGAUAGCUUAGAUCUUUUCUGGCGAACGCAUCAACUCACCUUGACCAACAUCUUCCAAGUGGCCUGGGGCUUGGUCCUGCGGCACUAUACCACCUCCAAUGAGGUCAGCUUUGGUACCAUUCUGUCUGGCCGCGAUCUUCCGUUGCCAGAUAUAAUGCAAUUGGUUGGCUCGUGUUUCAAUGUUCUACCAUGUUGUCUUCGAUUGGACCCCUCUCGGGCGCUGUUGGAUGUCUUCCAAGAAAACCAACGGCAGAUGCAUCAGCGUGCCAAUUUUCAACACUGCUCACUCCCUGAAAUUAUCCGCAGCGCAGGGCAUGAAGCUGGGAGAUUCUUUAAUACCUGUCUUACCGUGCAACCCGUGCCGGACGCUGAUCUCGAAGCCACAAAUGAUCAAGAAGAGAUCAAGAUCAGGCUAGUGGAGGUUCAUGAUCCUACUGAGUACGAUAUAUGUAUCGCAGUUCUGCUAUCACCUUCACAGAUCGAGAUCGAUUUCCGGUAUUGGGAUUCCAUCUGCACUGCGGAGCAAGCAAGCGAAAUUGUUGCCUUGCUUUCUAACACUUUAGCUCAGAUCACUCGAUCAGCCGAGGAAAUCGUUGGAUCGGUCUCGAUGGAGCUUUGCCCCUAG